CUAAAAGCCAUCCUUCAUCCUCAUACCGGAAGCUGCUGUUCCAGCCGUGAAAGAAGGACGGCGUGGUCUUCAGUUUGCUAUGUCCACCAACAAUAUGUCCGACCCACGGAGGCCCAACAAAGUGCUGAGGUAUAAGCCUCCUCCGAGUGAGUGCAACCCGGCUUUGGACGACCCGACUCCGGACUACAUGAAUCUUCUCGGCAUGAUCUUCAGCAUGUGCGGCCUCAUGCUUAAGCUGAAGUGGUGUGCUUGGGUUGCCGUCUACUGCUCCUUCAUCAGCUUUGCCAACUCCCGGAGCUCGGAGGACACUAAGCAGAUGAUGAGUAGCUUCAUGCUCUCAAUCUCUGCCGUGGUGAUGUCCUAUCUGCAGAAUCCUCAGCCCAUGACGCCUCCAUGGUGAUGCCACCUAGGAGGGUUGGACCAUGGACUCCUGCCCAUCUUCUCUCUGGCUUAGCCUUUGGCUGCCCCACCCUCCCUGAGCUGCCGUCCUAAACUUCCCUGAGUGUGGUCUCUGGGCUCCCAGCUGGAUGGAGGGAAUCUGGCCCUUUCUUUGGGUCCUGUUUCUGCCUUGACAAAGAGAGAACCCUACAGACUUUACUUUUACCUUCCCUCCGCUGGCCACUUUUACGAGAAACACUGUUCAUGUUUCUAAGUAUUCACUUGUUUUCUUAGUGAAACCAGUUGAUAAAAAAAUUUCCACUCUG